AUGGCGUUUUCACAUCUGUUGGAUAGUUCUUUCGUAGUACANCAAAUAUUCUCGUGGGUGCCCGAGACGUGGCUGUUUAAGAUAGAGGAUAGGAUUCAUCAUUGGACGGAUACGAUGCUUCAGAGUUUGAGAUUCGGACGGAGCUUGGCCCGGAAAAUUGUAUGGGCAUUUAUGUUGUUGGCCUUGGUUUCAGUUGUUUUUAAGGUUUCGUUUUUGAGUAGUUACGUCGAGAUUAAUGGCAAGAGUGGAGAAAAUGGCCACCUCUUCUUGCAAACCAUUAAAGAAGAUUGGGCUUCCGCUCAGCAUAUUGUUGCUGAACAUAAUGAACCCUCCAUGCCCAUGCGAGUUCUGGAAAAGAUAUCUACUCCGGAAAUUUGGAUGAAACCCAACAGCGAUAAUUUUUAUCAAUGCAUAGCUCCCUCUAAGAAUCAAAAAAAGACAAAUAAGAACACAAAUGGCUAUCUUCUAGUUCAUGCUAAUGGAGGAUUGAAUCAAAUGAGAACUGGGAUAUGUGAUAUGGUGGCUGUUGCAAAAAUAAUGAAUGCUACUCUUGUUCUUCCCUUUCUUGACCAUGAGUCAUUUUGGACCGACCCAAGUGAUUUCAAAGAUAUUUUUGACUGGAGGCAUUUCAUGAAAGUUCUAAAAGAUGAUAUUGAUAUAGUGGAGUAUUUGCCAUCACGCUAUGCUGGGAAGAAGCCCUUAGUAAAGGCUCCCGUUUCAUGGUCCAAGGCUAGUUAUUACAGGAAUCAUAUGGUCCCAUUAUUAAAGCGGCAUAAGGUGGUAAAAUUUACCCACACCGAUUCAAGACUUGCCAACAAUGGCCUUGCAUCCUCCAUCCAAAGGCUUAGGUGCCGUGCCAAUUAUGAGGCUCUCCGGUACUCCAAGGACAUUGAGGACCUUGGAAAAGUUUUGCUUGAUAGACUUAGGAACAAUAGCACGCCCUUCAUUGCUCUGCAUUUAAGAUAUGAGAAGGACAUGCUUGCCUUCACUGGCUGCAGCGGCAAUCUUACUGCUGAAGAGGCUCAGGAACUUAAGCUAAUGAGGUAUACUGUUAAACAUUGGAAGGAGAAGGAGAUAGAUGGAGUAAAACGGCGACUCCAAGGGGGAUGCCCAAUGUCCCCCAGAGAAGCAGCUCUGUUCCUCAAGGCCAUGGGUUACCCUUCCACCACAACCAUUUACAUUGUUGCAGGGGAAAUUUAUGGUAAGAAUAGCAUGGAAGCCUUCCGUUCAGAGUUCCCAAAUGUCUUUACUCAUUCCACUCUGGCCACUGAAGAAGAGUUGGAGCCCUUCAGACCAUAUCAAAAUCGCCUUGCUGCCUUGGAUUAUAUUGUGGCACUUGAAAGUGAUGUUUUUGUUUACACAUAUGAUGGAAAUAUGGCCAAGGCAGUGCAGGGGCAUAGGCGAUUUGAAGGGUUUUCAAAGUCCAUCAACCCUGACAGGCAAAAUAUUGUUACACUUGUAGAUCAAUUGGAUGCGGGUGAAAUAACUUGGCAAGAGUUUUCUUUGAUGGUUAAAAGUUUACAUUCAAACAGGCUGGGAGCACCGUACCCUAGACAACCGGGAGACUCACCCAGGCAUGAGGAAAAUUUCUAUUCAAAUCCUUUUCCUGGUUGUAUCUGCAACAGGACUCGGGAACAAAUUACCAGCCUGAACCAUGAGAAGAUGUUGAAUGCAAGAGCUGCAUCACAAAAAUAGAGUGUUUUUUGGCAAGUAUAAAUGUGGCUCACACUUGGAUUACACAAAUCCGUUGCUUAGUAGGUGGCUGGUAGUAUGGGAGAAUUCGAAAUUGACUUGCAUUUUGCCGGAGAAUGUAGCAGCCGCAAGCAGGGUCCAGAAAGUUUCUAAGACUUCUCAUAUUCGGAGAAUGCUAGUUUUAGUUUUUGUUAUACGGAGAGAGGACCAAUCCUGCAAUUAGGAAAGCAGAAAAGGUCAUGUAUAAAUCUGAGAGAGAUUAGUUACAGAGGAAUAGAGAGAACAUACGAGAUACAAAAUCCCUGUUAGUUAUAGCAUUCCAUUUAUUUAUUAUUCUUUUCUUAAUUUGGUACAACCAAAUUAGGCAAAUUUAAAUGUACCAUUCGAUAUUGUUCAUAAUAGAAAUUAUUAUAUUUUUCUCCAGA